CACAGCCCAUUUAAAAGAAUGAUAACGCCGAGUCUGUGAAGCAUUUUUCAGCACUCCCUUCUCCCAACCCCAAAAAAAAAAAACAAAAGAAUCUCUAAGCAAUUUUUUUUUUUUUUUCUUGGUAAAAAAGAGAGUAUAAAAUCUCAGAGAGUAGUAGUAGUAAUAUGAGCUUCUUCUCCUACCAAAACCUCCGAUCACUGUACUAGAUUUGUUUUACAAUGGAGAGCACCGAUUCUUCCGGUGGUCCUCCACCGCCGCAACCUAACCUUCCUCCAGGUUUCCGCUUUCACCCAACCGACGAAGAGCUUGUGGUUCACUACCUCAAACGCAAAGCUGCUUCCGCUCCUUUACCUGUCGCUAUCAUCGCCGAGGUCGAUCUCUAUAAAUUCGAUCCAUGGGAGCUUCCUGCUAAAGCUUCCUUUGGAGAGCAAGAAUGGUACUUCUUCAGUCCUCGAGAUCGGAAGUAUCCAAACGGAGCAAGACCGAACAGAGCCGCCACCUCAGGAUACUGGAAAGCAACCGGUACAGAUAAACCGGUUCUUGCUUCCGACGGUAACCAAAAAGUCGGUGUGAAGAAGGCACUCGUCUUCUACAGUGGUAAACCACCAAAAGGCGUUAAAAGUGAUUGGAUCAUGCAUGAGUAUCGUCUCAUCGAAAACAAACUCAACAAUCGACCACCUGGUUGUGACUUCGGCAACAAGAAAAACUCACUCAGACUUGAUGAUUGGGUGUUAUGUAGAAUCUACAAGAAGAACAACGCAGGUCGACAUGUGGAUAACGAUAAGGAUCACGAUAUGAUUGAUUACAUUUUCAGGAAGAUUCCUCCGUCUUUGUCAAUGGCGGCUGCUGCUACUGGACUCCACCACCAUCACCAUAAUGUCUCAAGAUCGAUGAACUUCUUCCCUGGGAAGUUUUCCGGCGGUGGUUACGGUAUUUACUCCGACGGUAAUACGAAUUUAUACGAAGGUGGUGGCAUGAUCAACAACAACAUGGGUACCGACUCAGUCCCGAUGAUGAUGAUGCCGAAUCAGAAACGAGCUCUUCCUGUGCCGUAUUGGCCUGUAGCGGAGGAGGAGCAGGACGCAUCUCCUAGCAAGCGGUUUCACGGUGGUGGAGAUUGUUCGAACAUGUCUUCUUCGAUGAUGGAAGAGACUCCACCAAUGAUGCAACAACAAGGUGGUGGUGUGUUAGGAGAUGGAUUAUUCAGAACGACGCCGUACCAGUUACCCGGUCUAAACUGGUACCCUUCUUAAAUCAAAAUAUGUGUUCUUAGCCGCCGGUGUGAAGAAAUUUUUUCCGAUUGGUGGGGGUUAUUUAAAUUUUAUAUAAAUUUGAGAUUUGUGUAUAUGUUUUGGGGUAAAUUUAAAAUUGGUCAUAGGGGUUAGAGAAAGGAGAUUAUUUAGAGAGGCGGAGAAGUACUGAGGCAACAUAUACAAGAAACAUAGGAUUUUUAUUCUUAAGAAAACGAUUACUGUUUCUUAAUUGUUAUUAUUAAAUGUAUAAAUUAUAUACUUAGAUGUUUUUUAUAUAUAGAUAUAUUGUAUUGAUGCAUAUAAUUCUCUCAGUGAUAUUUUGAGAUUGUAUUUUCUUGUAAAGGAGAUGAUUUAAGAAAAAGAAAAAAAAUAGUUGUGUAAAGUGUAAACUGUGUUAUUUCUUCACAUAUGCUAUA